AGGAAAUCCCGUUAAAGUGACUCACCAUCUGGAAGGGACAGGAGCCGACAUGGUGUAUAUAGCGAACGGGCAAGUGUUGGAGGGCGGUCGGUCUCCAUGGCGACUCUCGUUUAUCACAGACCUCUUUUGGGGAGUCGCUGACUUCGUUGUCAUGUUCUUCAAGACUCUGAUCACGCCGGAUACGACGAGAAACGGAUGCGUGAACUCCUCGUCCGGCUCCCGCUACGAUGACGGCCGAGGACCCCCAGGUUUCCCUCGCCGUAGAAUGGGUCGGAUUAAUCACGGCACCGGUCCGAACGCACCCCCCAUGGCAGGAGGCGGAUGAGGAAGGUAAACGCCUGCUCGUGGAAGCAGGCAUCUAGAGACGCGCGGUCACCGGCGGCCCGGAAACGGACAGCUCCUGCGGUGAACGUCGCUCUCUACCUGUCGCAAUGCUCUGCAGUCGCCUGCGUUUAUGAUGUUGUAUUGGGAAUUCCCUGACCGGGAUCCAGUACCAACUGAGCAGCGUUUGUAACUCUGUAA